AGGAACGGCAGCCAUGGGAGAGAAGUCCCACACCUGCCCAUACUGUGGGAAAGGUUUCCGGCGCAGCUCACACCUGACGCGGCACCUGGCGACCCACUCUGGCCUUCAGCACCCCUUAGGUGGGAAACGCCUCGGGCAGCAGGUGCCGGAGGAAGACCGCCCGUACAACUGCAACUAUUGCGGGAAGUCCUUUGCCCGCAGCGCCCACCUGGCCCGGCACCAGGAGACCCAUUCGGGAGAGAGGCCCUACAAGUGCACCUAUUGCGGGAAGGCCUUUGGGCGCAACUCCCACCUGACCCGCCACCACAGCACGCACACCGGCGAGCGCCCCUAUGAGUGUGGGGUCUGCGGCAAGGCCUUCACCCGCAGCGCCCACGUCACCCGCCACCAGGGCACGCACACGGGAGAGCGGCCAUUCCGCUGCGCCCGCUGCGGCAAGCGUUUCACCCGCAGCGCUCACCUCCAGCGUCACCAGGGCAUCCACAGCGGGGAUAAACCCUUUUCCUGUGACCACUGCGGGAAGGGGUUCACACGCAACGCCCACCUCGAGCGCCACCGGGCCACUCAUUCAGGCGAGAAGCCCUUCAAGUGCGCCAGCUGCGGGAAAGGGUUUGGGGCUGCCUCCCACCUUGUACGGCACCAGAGGACCCACAAGGUGUAGCUGGCUGGCACUGCUCCUAGAUCCACCCAAACCUGGAUGUAGAAAUGGCCAAUCUUGAGGUCUUGGAUGGACUUUGGUCUU